CAGCGUCCCUCAGUUCUCGACAUGGCAGCGCUGAGAGAGGAGCUGCGAUAUGGAUUGUCGUGCGCGAAAAUCAACAGGAGCCUCCCAAAUAAGAGUCUGUACCACGUCAAGCUUACCGACACCGCUAUGCGAGCGCUGGAAGCUUUCCAGAAAUUUAAGGGUGCUGGAUCUAGUCAGCCAGUCAUUUGCUUCAAGGGAACCCAAGGGUAUAUCAAAAUACCAAACCUGUCUCCAAGCUCUCCAGGUGCUCUGCGUCUCUUCUCAUUUUAUCUGUCUAGUGACAGUAAAGAAAAACCCCAGUCCAGCUUUGAUUGCAUCCAUCAUUAUGUCUCCAGCUCAGGACGUGAUCAGCUUGAGUGCCAGGGAAGUAUUCAAGACAAAAUCACAGUAUGCGCAACUGAUGACUCCUAUCAGAUGACCCGGGAGAGGGUUUCCCAGGUGGAGAAAGAGACUUGGAGUAGAUCAGCAAUAGAAAUUAAGCCAAGCUCCACAUAUCGAAGUAAAUGCAUCAAGUUGCAAAAAAAGCAAAGUCUUCCUCCAACUCCUGACAAUAUUCCUUUUCGGAAACACUCUCCCACUAGCCCAGUGCUAGCAGGAAAGAGGGGAACACAGUCCUCCAGUAUUUUGACACCUCGUUCACUUAGAGAUCGCAUUAUUCACCUGUUGGCUUUAAAGCCAUACAAGAAGCCAGAACUGAUUGUUUGGCUAGAAAGAGACAAAGCCCAUGCAAAGGACAAGAUGGACUUGGCCUCCGUGUUAGAAGAGGUGGCAAAGCUCAACCCUAAAGAUAGCAGCUACUCUUUAAAGGAUGAGUUAUAUAGACAUGUGCAAAAGGACUGGCCUGGAUAUUCUGAGGAAGACAAGCAGCUUCUUCACAGACUACUCUUAAGGAAGCUGCCAACUCUGAACAUGAACCAACCUAAAAAUAAUCCAUCAAAUAUGUCUUUCCAGAAGCUUUCUGGUGAUUCCCCUUCACAUGCCAGCCCAGUCAGUAACAUUUCAGUGAAGCGCAUUUUGUCAUCAGAAACAUCACAUAGCCAAGUGAAUAAGAAACAGAAGGUACUGGAAUCGCCUCAGCUACCCCCAGAUUGCCUAUCCAGCCCUCCUCCUACUCAUUGCACUACUGCCUCUUCCGUGUCCAAUUUUCUGCGAAGGGCGGACUCUGCUUCAGAAAGCCAAAACAGCUUUUUACCAUCUCAUCAGUACAGCAACUGUGGUGUUAACCAGUCACCUAGAAAGACUGAGGGAGACCUGAAGCAAGCACAUUAUAACUCCUUACGAACUGCAUAUUCCCAUAAGGAUGAAGGUUCUGCCAUUUCUCAGCACAAAAAGAAAAAAUCCAAAAAGCAUAGAGAUAAGGAGAGACAACCCUUGAAGGAUGGAGAAUCUAGUGAAUGGGAGGAAACUAGUCCUGACCUAAAAUAUAGAAUAGAAGAGCAUGAGAAAGCAAGCCCUCUGUCCACUCCUACAUCUCCUUCAGAAAUGCCUGAUUAUUUAAUCAAAUACAUUACAAUAACAUCUGAGAAGCAACGGCAGGAUUACAAAAGUGAUUUUUGUGCAGAAUAUGAUGAAUACAGAGACCUACAUUCAAGGAUAGGCAAUGUAACAGAAAAAUUUGUUCAGCUUGGUUCCCAAAUAAAAACUCUCUCCCCAGGUACUAAGGAAUAUAAGGUAAUUGAGGACCAAGUAAUUGAAGAAUACCGCAAGUAUAAAAAGAAAUGUCCUGGAUAUAAUGAAGAAAAGAAGCGCUGCGAGUAUUUACAUCAGAAACUGUCACACAUAAAACGCCUUAUACUUGAUUAUGACCAAACCAAUAAUGCGCCUUAGGAGUGUUAAACUGAACAGUCUCUGCAAUGGACCAAAACACUGUCUACAACUAGCACUGGAGUCAUGCUGAGAAAGUGGAGAAAACUGCAUAUUUCAAGGUGGAACGUUCACCUCUCAAGACAUGGCCCAUCCUACCUCAGUUGGGACUGUGUAGUGUAGGGGUGGCAUUUCUCCUAUGGAUUGCGCCGUCUCUAUUACUGCCAUGUUCAUAUUUAAAUACAGUAAAGGAUGAAUAUGGCAGCAUAUCUGCUAAUGUAUGUACAUCAAGAUGAUUUUGAUUGGAUGAUGCCAGAUAGCCUUUAUUGUUAGAUACUUUUACUGGGACCUUUACCGUAAAGUUUUGCCAGAAAAAAUAUUCACCAGUUUGGAUUAACAUUUUCUGUACACAGACAUGGAAAAUAGAUUUUAUUAUUGUUUUGUGGAUAAGAGAUAGGGUCCAAAGAUUUUUGUUUACCAUUCUCAACUUUUGACCAGUCAUCCACAACCAAAAUGCUGUUGCUUAAAGCAGGCUGACAGAAGAGGUCACCAGGUAGCGUGGAUUGCCUCCACUGUUGAUCUUUCCAGCUUUCUGCACAGAUGAUAAGUAAGAUUAAAAACAGUUGUGCAGAUAUGCCGGUGGCUUGAGUGCUUUAUCUUCCAUGGCAGCAAUUAUUGUAUAAAUAGUUUGGACAUGAAAACAUGGACUUGUAUUCCAUAAGCAAAACAAAGCUGUUAAUUCGCAUUCAGUUCGACAACUGGUAGCACACAUUUCAUUCAGCUAAAUAGACAACAACAUGAAUGAAAACGAAGAAGUUUCCUGGUGCAGAAAAAAAUACAUUUGCUGUGAAUUCAUGCCCCAUCAUCCCCCCUCAAGUGUAUUAAGAAAAAAAAAAGGAAAUAAGUUAAACCAAGGGUACAACUAGUUAUUUUGGUCUUGGUUAAUACAUCAAUAAUCUGUUGUGACAAUUCUCAAAUAUCUUGAAUUGGUAUUAAAUAUGUAGAUAUCGAAACGUAAAGUUAUCUUUCUGUGACCCUGCCAUCAAGUCUUGUUUAAUUUAGUAAUGGCUUUUAAAAAUAAUAAUCUACAUUGUUGUAACUCCAUUGCAAGCUUUUUUUAAGCUUAUGAUAAAAUAUUUAAAAAAUUAGGUGUAUUCCAAGAGUGAUUUAAGCGGUAGUGCUUUUUUUAAUAUAAAUAUUACUCAAUUAAAUUUACCAAAGUGAAGCUGGAUCCAGUUUAGCCUAUUUAGAGAAAUGAGCCAGAUCAAGCACACAGAGUGUUCAAAAGCAUUUCAACAUUCCCAGCAGUUUAGUUGUCAUGUGCUUUUUUAUGUCACAAAGUGAAUUCAGAUUAUGGCCUCCAAAGUUGUAGCACCUGAAAUAAUUUCCAUUGUGUACUUUGUCAUUUUUUUUGUGUGUUAAUUCUACAAGUAUUCCUGUUAAGAGGCUCAAACUUGUUCAUUUUAUAUAACUUUAUGAUAACUAGAGCACAUUGUUUAUUAAAAAAUAAAAGCUAAACUCAGUAGAUGACUUUGUAUCUGUAGUACUCAAAAAAGUAGACCUUUCUUGGCAAAUUACAGUUACUUUUCAUAUUCCAUCAUUUUUCACAUGCGAAUUACCUUUAACUAUUACUGCAUCGUUUAAGUCAGAGUACAGUAAUUGGGAUCACUGGAUGUGUGAAAGUCUGUUACAAUAUCAGUUUACAGUAUUGCACAAAUGGGCAGCACAAUAUUUGCAACAUUGGUUUUAUCCAUCCAAGCCUAGAUUUCUGUUUACUUGGUUCUGAAUGUGAAUCACUGCAUACUUUCAAGUGUCCUUUAUGAAGUUUUAUUAUGACAGGAAAGGAACAGUGCCUGUUUAUAGAACUCUUUUUAAUGUCAGGGACCCCAUCAAUUACAGUAAUUAGUCAUUCCUCUGCUGCAUUAUAUUUAGUAUUUUAUACAAGACAAUAUUUUUGUGUGUUUUGUGAGCCCCUUUUUGAUCAUUUUCAAACUUGAUGUCUUGUUCCUACACAAUUCUUGGCAGAGGAAGAUUCCUUUAUCUGAAGAUUGUGAUGGUCUCUGUGUAUUCUGUGUCUGCUCUACAAAUGAAUAAUGCAAGUGCUAAAACGUUGGCUCAUGUGUAUGGUGAUUUUUUUUAUACAGCUUGCACUUUCAACCCUUCUCUUUAAAUUUAGGUCCUUAGAAUUGCUGAGUUUCAUCUGGAAUGGCCAAACACACGGGCCUCUUCCGGGUACCAUAGUUUAACUAAAGAGGACUUCCAUUUCCUAAAUAGAAUGUGUUAAACAUAUGUUAAUGCAGACGUACUAUUGCAAAGUUCGAACACAUUACAAAAGUGAAGUACUUUACAGUGCAGAAUUAACAAUGAAAGGAGGUUUAAAAAUGGUCUGUUUGUAAGAGUUUGGCACAUGUCAAAUUCUGUAUGUGUUACAGUAUAUUUUUAGUUUCUAACCAUAUGCUCUUGGGGAAAAAAAUUCAUACUCGGUUAUCAAAGGCAAAUGUAAUAUAUAUUUCAGGCAAGUGUAAGAAAGGCUAAAAAUAUGAAUUGUUUUUGGAAGCGUUUCCAGCCAAUUUAACGGGGGUCAGGUCUGGUUUAAUUCAUCGACACCUUUGUAAUAUUUUCUUGUGUGGAGAUGUUCAUCUCCCCACAUUUUACAGAAUUCACUGUGAUAUUUUCAAAUGUGGGUGGCAAUUUGAUAGUAGAUUAUUUUAAGUGGUUGUUUUCCUCUUAAGUAAUAUUACUCUGGCAGUCUGUUAAUAAAACAUCAACAUCCUAUAAAAGAGCCACAGCUUUUUGCAAGUCAACAAAAUAUAACGGGACAUCUUUCUGCUAGUGUGUCUUGACCCCAUUUCCCUGACCAGUAAUCUUAGUGCAGAGACUAUACACUUUUUCAGACUUAUUUCAAAUUGUUCAGACCUAUUUUCAAACUAUCUACUUUUCAUGUACAAAAAAAACUAGAAUUUAAUUGCACACCAUCUGGAUCUGCUUGGUUAUGGAGAAAGCUAAGAUAAAUGUGGUCUUUUUUCAUGUGUGUGCAUCAUAAUGUUUGAGCAGUGAGUGGAGCGAGCUGCUGUUUAGCAGAGGGUUCAGAAUUACACUGAAGUUCAAAUUUUCAAUGUAGGGUCCACUGCUCUAUACAUUUACUGCUCUGGUCUUAAAAAUUGAUGAAAGUGUUUUUCCCCUCUUUCAAUUGAUAAAGUUCUAUUUCUAAUAUAUGCUCCUAAGUUUAUUUUUAAACUGUAAAUUCUGCAGCAAUGUGGCUGGCACAUUCCAGUUUUAUUUGCUGAUACAAAAUGUGAAAAAAUAAAUGUAUUGAAUGUUAA